AUCCCCGCAUGUGGCCUUGCAAGCCAUUGUUGUGUGGCGGGUGACGUCACCAGUGUGCGGGAGACUGCGCGGCGUGCGCCUGGCGAGACAAAGGCGGGGAGGAGCGGAGAGAAGUGGGGUCAGCAGCAGGCAGAAGGAGCCCACUUUGUUGGACACUUGGAAACGGCCAACCGCCAGCUUCUCCCGGCCAGCCUGGCACCAGAGCGGCUGCGGGAGAUGAGACUUCAGUCCGCGUCCUCCUCAACCUUUUUACAGCCUUUCUCUUUUACUGCUAGGCGGCUAGCUGCUAGCUGCUAACUGCUAGCUGCACAAAGGCGGCGCUCCUCUUCUUCUCACAAGCACAACAAGUUGGCGUGAGUCCACCGAGUCAGGAUCAAAUCACUCCUCACACGGCGGCCGUCCGUGAUCUGAUGUGAGAUCCAGGAUGCCGAGCCCUUUAUUCCACCCCGAGAUCAUGGAGCACGACGUGGUGAUCAGCAGCCAGCACAACGGGCUCGCUCUGCCCCGAGAAAGCGAGCAGGAGUCCCGUGACGAGGACCACCAGGAGGUGCUCCGCUUCGCCCUGGACCAGCUGUCACUCAUGGCCCUGGAGAAGGUGGACUGCGUGGACAGCAGCCAGGCUCCCAGCUCCGAGGGUUACGUGGAUCUCCAGAUGCUGGACCACCCCGGCGGUUCGCGGGACUCGCCCACGUCCUGCUCCCCGUCGCCGGAGUACUACGGCUCGGGCGGCUACCACAUGUCCGGCUCGCACGCCCUGCUCCAUGGGGAGCAGAGCAGGAAGAGAAGCGUCAACAUGACGGAGUGUGUGCCGGUGCCCAGCUCGGAACAUGUGGCAGAGAUCGUGGGCCGACAAGGUUGUAAGAUCAAGGCGCUACGUGCUAAGACAAACACUUACAUCAAGACCCCCGUCAGAGGGGAGGAGCCAGUGUUCAUCGUGACCGGUCGCAGGGAGGAUGUAGAGAUGGCCAAGCGUGAGAUCGUCUCUGCCGCUGAACAUUUCUCCAUGAUCCGGGCAUCCCGCUGCAAAGCUGGAGGACCCGCAGGAGGAGGAGGAGGAGGAGGAGGAGGAGGGGGGGGAGGAGGAGGCUCACUCCCCGGACCACCACACCUCCCUGGACAAACAACCAUUCAGGUGAGGGUGCCCUACAGAGUGGUGGGCUUAGUUGUGGGACCAAAAGGAGCCACCAUCAAGCGCAUCCAGCAGCAAACCCACACCUACAUCGUGACGCCCAGUCGAGAGAAGGACCCCGUGUUCGAGGUGACCGGCAUGCCUGAGAACGUGGAUCGGGCCAGGGAGGAGAUCGAGACCCACAUCACGCUGAGAACCGGAACCUUUGUGGACCUUCAGGGUGACAACGACUUCCACACCAACGGCACAGACGUCAGCCUGGAGGGUCUAGGCUCCCUCAGCGCAGGCCUGGGAGCAUCCUUGUGGUCCCGGGCCUCCCACCACCAUUCCGCGCCACCGCCGCCACCCGCGCCGCCCUCUUCACCACCCAACCCCCCCAUGUCCGCCAAUCACUCCAGCGGCCGCAAGAUGUCCUCCUCGGUGGCCUACCACACGCACAAUAGCGCCAUGAGCUCAGACAACUUCAGCGCGGGGCGCAAAGCCAACGAGGGAGGGAGUCCCACCAGUCCCUUCAGCACAGGGUCCAGCAGCGCCGGGGGCGGGUUUACUUUCGGGGGCGACUCCACCCCGGGACUCCCGUCUUCAGAAGAACUCGGCUUUGAAUUCAGCGCUUCUAACAUCUGGGCGCCAUUCGUCAAUGGCGCCAAGUCGGGCGGAAACUCACAGCAGCAGCAGCCCGUACGUCGUAACAGCAGCGGUCUCAGCGGCGGCGCCGUCACUCCACGCUUGUCCCCAACGCUGCCUCAGGACACGGGCCCCCUGGACCACCCGUUGGCCCGCCGUGCUCAAAGCGACCCCCUCAGCACACUCUCCUGGCUCCAGUCCGGCAACGCUGCAGGUGGCUCCUUCUCCGGCGGCUCCAGUUCCAGCUCCGGCGGCUCCUCCACCGGCUACUCCUCCUGCUCGGCUUCUUCGCUGCCCGGUGGAUCGCCCACCGACUCCGAGGGCGGCGGCGGCGUGGGUGGCGUGGGCCUCAGCUCCGGGAUGCUGAGUCGACUGAAAGGCGGCCCCGGCGUGGUGGGGCUGGGCGGCGUCAACAGGGACUGCUUUGUGUGUUUCGAGAGCGAGGUGACGGCCGCCCUGGUGCCCUGCGGCCACAACCUCUUCUGCAUGGACUGUGCAGGUCAGAUCUGCCAGUCUGCAGAGUCCGAGUGCCCCGUGUGCCACACCCCCACCACUCAGUGCAUACGCAUCUUCUCUUAA